UGCUGGGUGUAAGUUCAGGGAAUCUGGAGUCUGGAGUGUGCACGUGUUAAGCUGCUGCAGAAGCACCAAUUUAUUUUUGGCAGGUGACAUUAAAGCUCGCCCUUUACAACAUGGCACCAGCAAUCCUACAGCUCUUCUGCAGCACUGGAGUCUGACUGGAUUUCUUUGUGGUUGAUUUUUACGCUGUUUUGAAAGGACGUCUUGUUUUACUGAGGGAGUCCCUCUGUGGGAGCAGGUACUGAAAGGUGUGUGUGCUGUGAGCUAUAAGAGGAACAGUUGUGCGUCCCUUUGGAAGUGAACCAGCAUUGCUCCAUCAUGACCAAAGAGGAGGAGAUCCCAGACUGGGUGGGAGCAAAGGAGUUCUAUGACAAGUACGAACCCAAGGAGAUUCUGGGCAGGGGAGUAAGCAGCGUGGUCCGUCGCUGUGUGAACAAGCAUACAGAUCAGGAAUAUGCUGUAAAGAUCAUAGACAUCACCCCGUCUGACAAAAUGACUCCGCAGGAGAUCAAGGAGAUCAGAGAGGCGACAGUGAAGGAGAUUGAAAUUCUUAAGAAAGUCUACGGGCAGGAAAACAUCAUACAGCUCAAAGACUGCUAUGAGUCUAAGGUCUUCUUCUUCCUGGUUUUUGAUCUGAUGAGGAAAGGGGAACUUUUUGAUUACCUCACAGAGAAAGUAACUUUGACAGAGAAGGAAACCAGAAAGAUUAUGCGUGCUUUGCUGGAGGUGGUCCAAUUCCUUCAUGGCCAGAACAUCGUCCACCGGGACCUGAAGCCUGAGAACAUCCUGUUGGAUGACAAUAUGAACAUCAAACUCACAGACUUCGGCUUCGCUGUGCAGAUCCAGCCAGGACAGACACUCAAAGAAGUGUGUGGGACGCCUGGCUACCUUGCUCCUGAGAUCAUCGAGUGCUCCAUGGAUGCAGGACACAAAGGAUACGGCACAGCUGUGGACAUAUGGAGCGCCGGUGUUAUCAUGUACACGCUGCUGGCAGGCUCUCCACCUUUCUGGCACAGAAAACAGAUGCUGAUGCUGCGGAUGAUCUUAGCAGGGAGUUAUGACUUCUCAUCUCCAGAGUGGGAGGAUCGCUCUGACACAGUCAAAGAUCUGAUCUCCCGGAUGUUAGUGGUGGACCCAAUGCAGCGUUUCACUGCUUCAGAUGCUCUAAACCACUCCUUUUUCUCCCAGUAUGUGGUGAAUGAAGUGCGACAGUUCAGUCCAUACAGGCGGUUCAAGGUCAUCUGCAUGACUGUGCUCGCCACAAUGCGCAUCUACUGCCACUACCGCCGUGCCAAGCCCGUCACCAAGGAGGUGAUAAAGAGCGACCCGUACGCCGUCAAGCCCAUCCGCAAACUCAUCGACGCCUGUGCCUUCAAGAUCUACGGCCACUGGGUCAAGAAGGGCCAAGCUCAGAACAGAGCCGCGCUUUUCGAGAACUCCCCGAAGGCCAUCCUGCUGUCCAUAGCCGCAGAAGCGGAUGAGCCGGGCCAACAUGGCUGGUAAUGUGCCUGCAGGACCGGGAGUCACUUCUACUUCAGAAACUGAACCGGUAAAAUAAAAACCAUUCUAACUGGGGCUGUCUUUGCCCAUUAAGGUUGAUGUGAGGGGGACAUACCUCAGAAACUAAGUUUUGAACAAAGAAUGUUCUGAAAAUGAGAAGUUCUUAAUUUAAGUGACUGUAGCCUCACAGAUUCAAGUCAUCUUUUGUCAAAACAUUUAUUUUGUUUAAGAUCAGUAUGUAAUCUUUAGUUUUAAAGUUUGUUUCCAAAAUGUUAGUAAUCUUCAGUUUGGAUGAUAGGGAUUUCAGUAAACUUGUAUAUUUGAUUUGCUCUAAUAAGAAAGCACUUUAAUUUGUAUAAUAUAAACAUAUUUAUUAAACAUUUCAUUUAUUCGAAA